AUGAAGUUCCUCGGCUCCACCGUCCUCGUCGCGGCCAUGCUGGCCAGCGCCUCGUUUGUUGCCGCCUCGGGCCACAACGAUGUUCACGCCCCCGCCCUGCGCCGACACAAUUCUCACCACCACAACCACAAGAAGUCUUCCUGCUCCGCCAGCGCUGGCGCCGGCGGCAAGAAGACGCACAAGAACAAGAAGAGCAGCUCCGACAACGGCGCCGCCGCCUCCGCCACCAACAACGCCGCCAAGAACGCCGCCAAGGACUUUGCCAAGUCGUCGUCCUCGUCCUCGUCUUCGAGCGAGGAGCACUCGGCCAAGUCUUCCUCCUCGUCCGAGUCGUCCUCGUCGUCGUCGUCUUCUUCGUCCUCGUCCUCGUCGAGCAGCUCGCCCAACAAGAAGGGCGGCAAGGCCGGCCUGUGCUGGGCCAACGCCAACGGCAUCCCCAUCGACAACUUCAUGGGCGGCGACGUCUCGUGGGCCUACAGCUGGAGCGACACGCCCGGCUGGGACGGCUUCCCCAUCGACGAGCUCAUGUACUGCCCCAUGCUCUGGGGCUACAAGAACGAGGCCACCUUCAAGAAGAACGUCGUCCAGAACCAGAACGGCAAAUUCAACAAGCACAAGUGCGCCAUGGGCAUGAACGAGGUCAACCAGAAGGGCCAGUCGAUCAUGAGCGCCGCCGAGGGAUGCAAGCUCAUGCGCGAGAACCUCAUGCCCCUCAAGGACAACGGCUGGUACAUCAUCGGACCCUCGACCACCAACGCGCCCGACGGAAAGACUUGGUACCAGGACUUCCAGAAGACCUGCCCCGACGUCUUCAACAAGAUCGACGCCAUCGCUCUCCACUACUACGCCACCGACGUCAACGACUUCAAGAAGUACAUCCAGGACUGGCACGAGACUUUCGGCAAGGACCUCUGGAUCACCGAGUUCGCCUGCCAGAACUUCAGCGGGGGUGCUCAGUGCUCCAAGGACGAGGCCUGGCAGUUCGGCCAGACCAUCACCUCCUGGAUGAACUCCCAGAGUUACGUUAAAGGAUUCAGCCCCUUCGCGGUGCUUCAGGAUCUUCAGGGAGUGUCGGAGGUCAACAGGCUGUCGAACGGCAACAACCCGACGUCGCUCUUCCGCAUGCUGACGGGUGCGCUUUAA